AUGGGUAUCCCUAGCGGCAUUGAUGGUCUCCCUAACCCAGGCCCUUUGACCGAGUCUCAGAAAAAACUGGUCAAGGCCACAGCCCCUAUUCUCGAGGAGAACGGUACUACGAUCACGAAGCGCUUCUACAAGCAGAUGCUCGACGGCAACCCGGAGCUUAAGAACGUGUUCAACCACAGCAAGCAGCAACGGGGCGACCAGGCUGAGGCCCUAGCACGCGCGGUCUAUGCGUACGCAGCAAACAUCGACGACCUCACGCCCAUCAUACCUGUAGUCGAUCGCCUUUGCAACAAGCACGCGUCUUUACACGUUGUUCCGCACCAGUAUGCGAUCAUUGGGUCGAACCUCUUGAAGGCAAUUGCCGACGUUCUCGGUGCGGACGUCUUCAAGGGCGAGUUGUACGAGGCAUGGGUCGCCGCAUACUGGCAGCUCGCGCACCUCCUUAUUGAUCGCGAGUCUGCGCUUUACCGACAAGCUGGCUGGGAGGGAUGGAAAGAGUUCGUUGUCGACAAGAAGAUCAAGGAGGCAGAUGAUGUCACAUCGUUUUAUCUCGCGCCGAAGGAUCGCACGCCACUCCCCGUUCAUCGCCCUGGACAGUACAUCUCAGUUCAGAAAUACAUCACCGAACUUGGCGUCCUACAAUCUCGACAAUACUCCCUCUCUGACUCCCACCACCCGGACUACUUCCGCAUAUCUGUCAAGCGCGACGCAGGCGUACGUGCCGUUGACCCUGCCACAGGCGAAGUCGACGUGUCCCAGGCCGGCCACCUCGGCUGGAUGUCGAACCUGCUGCACGACAAGCUGAAUGAGGGGGACACCAUCGAGGUCACAGCUCCCUUCGGCGACUUCUUCCUCGACGACACCAACGGCCCUGCCGUCCUCAUCUCAGCCGGCGUCGGCGUCACUCCGCUAGCCUCAAUGCUGCACACAAUCCUCGAGCACACCACCGAAUCUGAAGCCCGCCGCCUCGUGAGCUGGAUCCAGGUCGUCCGCUCGCGCGCCCUCCACCCGCUCCGCAAGGAGGUCCGUCGUCUGCUCAAGUCGCGCCCUGAGCAGGUGCGCAGCGCGAUCUUUUACUCGGCGCCCUCGGCGGAAGAAGUCGAGGGCGAGGAGUACGACUUCCGAGGACGCAUGGAUCUCGACUGCGUUGAGCCGCUGCUGCACCUUGAUAACUAUAACGCGCAUUACUAUCUCUGCGGACCCGAGCGAUUUAUGGUGGAGAUAGGGAGCAAGCUGAAGGCGAAAGGUAUUGGGCCGAGUCGCAUUCACGCGGAGGUGUUCGGUCAGGGUGCUGUGCCUUUGUAG